GAGACGUUGGAGUUUUUGCCUAAAAACACGUUAAAUAAAUUUUCAAUAGUUUUUCUUUUAAGAAAAUUCCUUUACACUGCAAUUUUAAUUAAUUCUUAUCAGAGACUCUUCUCUUGUUGGCACUGCCUGCUAAUCGUGAAUAUUUGAAAAAUACACCUGUUUUUGGGUGCAAUAUCUAUUUGUGCUGCUUGCCCAUACACUUUCUUGAUUGAUGCCAAAGUAACAGAAAAGAAAAAUAUAUAAUAAAAUACGAAAGGAAUACGAAGAAGAAGGUAGAGAAAGAAAGAAAGACGAAGAAAACAGUGAGAAGCCAAUUAUCUGACUGACUGGGUGAGAUAGAUCGAAAUAACAAAGUUUACUAUCAAUAAUGAUGAGCAAUGAGGCAAUGGAGUAUGAACAAGCUCGGAAUUUGACGCUACUCUUCUUCCUUGAACGGUUAAUUGAUAAAAAUGAACCACGCACGUUACACGACUUGUCAUGUCAAUUUGGAGCUCCAGGAUUUACAAAAGAAAUGCGACAAAUUGCAGGUGGCAGUCAAUCAGGACUGAAGAAAUUUCUAAUGCAAUACCCAGCACUUUUUCAAGUCGACGGAGAUUAUGUUAAUGUUAAUAAUUAUCAGCAUCGAGAGGAGGGUAAUGUUGCUGGUCGAAAGGAUUAUAUUCAAGAAGCGAGAGAGUAUUUUUCGCAUAAAUUAUUGCAAUAUGGUGUCGGAACAGAAGUUCCAAUUAAAUCACUUCUUGGCCAUCGAUCACAAGCAUCACCACAAGUUAGACAUAUCAGUGGACAGCACAUAAAGGAAUUUACAGAUUUUCUCGCUAAACAUCCCGAUAUUUUUCAUCUUACUGAAGAUCAUGUUGUUUUAAUUAAUUAUGAUUCGGCGACGUUUAUUCCAGCGACUGAAAAAUUACAUCUACCUCAAGCAAAUAUUGAUGUCAAAAAUACACAACAGAUUUUAGACUUUUUUGCUCAAUGCAUUGAAUUAAAGGGACCGAUAUUGGUUGAUCAAUUAUUUCAUUUAGUAACAUCAAAUUUCCCACAAGAACAUUGGUAUAAGAUCUUUAAAACGCCAAAUGAUCUAAUGACAUUCUUAAAGCUAUUCUCCGAUUGCUUCCACUGUCAAUCAAAUCUAGUCACACUUCUUCAAAAGCCAAAAAUUAGCGAGAACCAUCUACAGCACGCGCAAAAAGUUUUAUAUAAAAACAGCAUAAAUCAAAUUUCCUCGCCCAAAAUCGGUGAUUUUAGGCUUAAUGAACCGGUAUCGAAUACAAUUGGAAGCAUACAAAAUAAGAAUUGUAAAUCGGGAUCGCCUAGUUUGAAUUAUGAUGAAGGUUGUCUUAGCAAUGGACGUAAUUCCACAAAUGAUCUUCCAUCAAUAGGAUUGCCACAAUCAUUUCAUGAGAUACGCUUGGAGAAUUUAUGCUCUCGAAAUUGCCCAACAAAAUUAACUUAUUCACAAAAUACUCAAACUCAAUAUCAGCCAGACACGCAGCAAUAUCAACAGCAGCAGCAACAACCUGUUGUGAUUCCAACAAAAAUCGAUCGAACUGACCGAGAUAGGAGAAUUAAUUUAACACUUAAGCAGAGAAUAAGCAAUUUAGUAACAAAGACAUUAGCUGAGAAUGAGGAGAAAGAUAAGAGGACAAUAAAUGUCUUGCAGCCAAUCAAUAAUGGCAAUUUAUCAUCCUCAAAUUCGUCUUCAACAAAUACAAGUCCAGUUCAUUCGCGUAAUUAUUUCAUGGGCGAUACGUGGAAGAUUAAAGUCCUUCAAAAUACUCGUGUCAUAACUACAAUAAAGGAAUCGCUAUUUGUAUGUGAAGCAAUUAGAAAGUCAGCACCGAAUGAUGACUGUGUAAUUAUUUCAUUUGAUUGUGAAGGUGUUAAUUUGGGUGUUAAGGGUCAAUUGACGAUUAUAGAAAUCGGUACAAUUCGUGGCGAGGCAUUCAUCUUUGAUUUACAGCAAUGUCCUCAACUUAUUGCUGAUGGUGGCCUUAAAUAUAUAUUGGAGGAUGAAAAUAUCAUUAAAAUCAUACAUGAUUGCCGAAAUGAUUCAUAUAAUCUGUAUACUCAAUAUGAUGUGCUGUUAAAGAAUGUCUUCGAUACUCAGAGUGCGCAUGCUGUGUUGCAAUAUCAAGAAACGGGAAAGCAGGUCUAUAAAGUGAAAAAUGUCUCAUUAAAUACACUUUGCGAAAUGUAUAAUGCUCCACCAAAUCCCAUGAAGGAUCAGCUCAAAAACAUCUACAAAAGAGAUCCUAAAUAUUGGUCUCGUAGACCUCUCGCACGAGACAUGCUUCUUUAUGCAGCUAGUGAUGUUUUAGUGCUGAUUAACGAGCAACUAUUCCGAACAAUGUCAUCGGCAAUAAAACCAGAAAACAUGAGUCUCUUCUCAGAACUGUGUACAGAACAGAUUUACAUGUUGAUCCGACCGAAUGACGUAAAGAUGAAAAAGAAGCAACGAAAAAUUAGUACUGAAGUUUUUGACUUAAAACAGAAGUUACAGACGACGAGCAAGAACAUUGUGUUGAGUAAUCGAGAGAUUCGAUUGCUUAGAUACCUUGAUUUGACUGAGGAUGAAAAGGAAAAGCUUAAAGGAUCGGUGAAGGUAGCUAAAAAAUUGGAAAAACUCGAGAGCAUUGGACAGGAUAGAAACUAUUCUGAUUCUGACGAUGAAGGCGAUAAUAAUGAACAAGAAUAUCCGAGUUUAGACUCAGUUCCAUCGGACAAUUCGCUUCCAUCAUUAAACACAUUCUCACCGAAAAACAGUGAGCCGCCAAGCUUGUUGGAAUCGAUGCAUUUAAUGAACGAAUUAAUCAAUAACAAAGCAAUGGAUCAAGCUAUAAAAAUUGAUAAAUUGGAAGCACUGCUGUCAGUUGCUGCAUCAUUACCAGAUCAAAUUGGAAUUGAAAGUGGCAUUAAUGAUGAUGGCGGUUUAGUGAUGAGAGAUACACUGUCAAUUGGAUCGAAUCGAUCAAGCGCAACAGACAUAACAAAAUUAAAUAAUUCACUGCAAGCAUACAUUGAUAGUCCAACACCCUCAUCAUGUUCAAUUAUAUCAACAAGUCAUGGCAUGAGGAAGGAAGUCGCAUGUCAGACAUUGUCAACAGGUGAUAUUGUAAUUACGAAGAUAUUUUUUGAAGAGGAUAAGCAGAAUAUGGACAAGACGCUUAUUUCGUCACCGAAACGAGACAAGUGAAAGGAACUGUAAAGAAUUUAUUGCUUCAGACCCUUUUUUUUCUAUACAAUUUCAUUUCAUUUCCACAUCUUCAGACACUGACGUAUAGACUAUAAUAAUUAUUAUAUCAAUAUUUUAAUAAUCUGGCUCAAAAACAUUAAAAUGUUAAACGAAAAGUAUUUCUACUUCCCCAAAAAAAUAAC